AUCGAGUAUAUACUCUACUACAUCAACCUGGCCUUCAUCGUCAUCUUCACCACCGAGUGCAUCAUCAAGCUCAUCGCGCUGCGCUGCUACUUCUUCACCGUCAGCUGGAACAUCUUCGACUUUGUGGUUGUCAUCCUCUCCAUUGUGGGUAUCGUUCUCGCAGACAUCAUCGAGAAGUACUUCGUCUCGCCAACGCUCUUCCGCGUCAUCCGCUUGGCUCGAAUCGGACGGAUCCUUCGGCUCAUCCGCAGUGCGAAAGGAAUCCGGACGCUGCUCUUCGCUUUAAUGAUGUCUCUCCCGGCGUUGUUCAACAUCGGCCUGCUGCUGUUCCUCGUCAUGUUCAUCUACGCCAUCUUCGGCAUGGCCAACUUCGCCUACGUCAAGAAGCAAAGCGGCAUCGACGACAUGUUCAACUUCGAAACGUUCGGAAACAGCAUGCUCUGCCUCUUCCAGAUCACAACGUCGGCCGGAUGGGACAAUCUACUCAGUCCAAUCCUCAACAACUCUCCGGAAGAGUGCGACCCGGAUGUUCCUCACACCGGGACGAACGUUCGCGGAAACUGCGGGAAUCCUUCGGUGGGCAUCACGUUCUUCGUGACCUACAUUAUUAUUUCGUUUCUCAUCGUGGUGAACAUGUACAUCGCGAUUAUAUUGGAGAACUUCAGCGUGGCCACCGAGGAGAGCACGGAGCCGCUGAGCGAGGACGACUUCGAGAUGUUUUACGAAGUCUGGGAGAAGUUCGAUCCGGAGGCGAUGCAGUUCAUCGAAUACUCCAAACUCUCGGAUUUCGCAGACUCGCUUUCCGAGCCGCUGCGCAUCACUAAACCCAACAAAAUCAAACUGAUUUCCAUGGACCUUCCGAUGGUGAGCGGCGACAAGAUCCAUUGUUUGGAUAUCCUCUUCGCGUUCACCAAACGCGUUCUUGGAGAGUCGGACGAAAUGGACGCGUUGAAGCAACAAAUGGAGGAGAAGUUCAUGAUGGAGAACCCGUCCAAGAUCUCCUACGAACCGAUCACGACGACGCUUCGGCGCAAGCAAGAGGACGUUUCCGCCGCUAUGAUCCAGCGCUCGUAUCGGAGGCAUCUAAUGCGGCGCCAGCUGAAACAAGCCUCGCUGCUUUACCGUCAACUCCACAUGCCAGACUCCGCCAAAGACGGCGACAGUUCGCCGGAGAACGAAGGACUUAUAGUUGCGAUGAUCAUGGAGAACUACGGCGCCGAUGUCGAAGUUACGGAAACGCUCUCGGCUACUUCGUGUCCGCCAUCCUACGACAGCGUCACGCGAGCGACUAGCGAGCUUUUUCACGCUCUAAUCCCGGAGGCCGCGAACACGGACCUCAGCGAGCCUUUGACAGACCGAGAUCGCGAGACGUUUCUGUGACGACGGACGUCUUUUCCUUUUGUUUACCGAAUGUACCAUAGACACAAAAUCCUGUGGUUGUGCAUCGGAGGUUUUUGUAAACUCUUAUUUCUCUUGUGGUUCACGUUUGAUUCAAAGGGGAAAGUGUCACACUGAACAUGCACACCUUCACAGUUUGAAUGCAUGAAUGAGAUCCGUAGUCGCAGUUAUAGAGGAUGCAAUCAUCAUAUAUUAGUCAGAAAGCAAUGCAUUUUAAUCAAAGCGUCAGCCUGACCGUAAGUUCAUUAGAGGUCUUAUUUAAAAAGGCGUGAUUCCUUUUAAGAUUUGAGAUAAUGCAUUUAGUGGUGCAUCCAUGUAAAUGUUAUCCUACUUCACGCCGUUUUGGAAAGCAUGACGAUUACCUCUUUCUUUAGCGAUGAAACGGCAGUGGUUUAGCCUGAGUAUUUGCACUUUCUGUUUUUUUUGUUGCCAUUUUUUUCUGAUGUUUCACUCAAUGCCGUCACAAGGUGCAGAUAUCGAGACUAGUAAAAGACAAUCAGACAUGCACCAGAAAUGGUCACUCGCUUAAAACCUGUCUUUACUAACUUCUAGCGAACUAUUGCACAUGCUUCCUUUCGAACGCGCCACACAUUUGUUUCUAUGGUGAAGUAUUUAUUUUGCAUGUGGAAACUGCAUGGUAUGGAGGGGUUAACGAGAACACUUUCUUUUUUCAGCUGAGAAUAAUUGUUUUGCACACUAUACAUUCAGCAAUAAUCUGCUACAUUUAGGAAUAUCAUUAAUGAUACUUAUUGGAAUUGAAAACGUGUCAAAGUUUCUACUGUAACGGCCUCCAGCUGUAACUGUGGCUUAUACGACUAGUGAAGAUUAUAGCACACGUGUUUUUCUAUCUCAAACUGACUUUAGGAGUUCAGUCCGCUUGAACGCGGGUUGGCAGGUUUGGUGAAGGGCUGUUUUAUGUAGCAAUAGAUCCCAAGUGUGCCUGCUAGAACUUAAUCCUGUUUAUAAUUCAUCUUUCUUCAUGCAUUUGUUUUGGUUUUUGUAAAUCAUCCGCAGACUCACCAUAAAUAGCAUCAAACGCAAACCGUGCCAUUGGCAUGUUUAUAAGAAUUUACUUCACAUUUUUGCUUAUGGUGGUUUC